AUGGACCGCUUCCAGGACGGGCACCACGUGCGGCUGCGGAGCCGCGUGCAGCGCACCUACCUCCACGCCACCGACGACGGGGAGAGCGUCACCCUCAGCCAGCCCCGCGCCUCCAUGAACGCGGCGUGGGCGGUGCACAUCUACAAUGGCGUAGGCGGAGAUGACGGCGAUAGCUCCGACGACGGAGACGGCCCGUACCUGCUCCUCCACAGCGCCGCCUACGGCCGCUACCUCGCCGCCACGGACAGGCCGGCGCGGCCAGGCCACAACGGCCUCUGCACGGAGCUGCGCGACUACGAUCAGCCGGAGGUGGAGGCCAUCAAAUGGCGGGCCGUCGAGUCGGGCUUCGCGGACGAAGUCGUCCUGCUCCGCCAUGGCGAAGGCCACUACCUCCGCGCCAACGGCAAGUACCUCCCCUGGAACUCCACCGGCGUCAGCGUCGACGACAACGCCAGCUCCAUGAUGUACUGGAUCGUCGAGCCCAUCCCCUUGAGAGAGGCGGGCAUGCCUGCCAUUCCUGGCCCGCUUCCGGCUCACCCAAGAUUCUCCACCAUAUUCACUUCUCCCGGACGGCGCAUCCGGUUCGUGCGGGCGCUGGAGGACGGGUACUACCCCGAUGAGGUCAACACCUGGCGCCAGUUCUGGUUCAGGGGGAGGUCCGCGCUCAGCCUGAGAGGCAACCUGGCGGCCCUCGUCGUCGUGGACGGCCCGAACAUCGCCAUGUGCGUCCGAGCGGGACGCUACGGGAGGCUCACCCCGCUCGUCGUCGACCUGCCCGACGGUGGCUAUGGCGGGACCCUCGAGAUCGUCGUCUUCCUGACCGGGACCCUUGGAAACUUCACCUUCCUCCGCGGAAAAGCAAAGCCUAGCAAGAAGGUGAAGAAGAACAAGCCGGCCGAAGAGCUGAUUUUUAAAGAGCCGGAACUUGGGACGGCCGCGCCUGAGGCCUCUGCUCAUGAGCCGCCACCUGAACCAGCUCAUGAGACGCCAACACCAACCGCUGACCCGCCUGCCGAGCAAGCCGUGGAUGGCUCUGAAAACCCGGAAGUCCCUAGCCCGGCCAAGACAGACGAUCCCCAAAGUGUUGAUGUUGAGAUUACCAGGACCGGCUUUGCUGAGCUGGGGAGACCAACUAUGCUGGCCAAGUGUUCUGCCAAGGAGGAGCUUAUGGAAUGCUGCAAGGCCACCACCAAUCAACUUCAAUCAGAAAUAUCUGACUUGAAGAACCGCCUGGAAGCACAAGAGACGGAAACCUAA